AUGGGCGCGAUGCGGAACACCGGCGUCCUUCAUAACGUAAUCGUGCUGAUGUCUUGCAUGGCGGACGAGCUCGAGAGUACUACGAUGGAGGCGCUUCUCGCGCCGCCGGCCGACGAGAGCCAGCCGCGGAAGCGCAAGUACGUCAACCACCAGAAGCUCGAGCUCGACUACCUCCGCAAGAAGGUCGAGGAGAUGGAGAAGCAGAUGGCGAUCCUCGGCUCGAUGCAGACCGAGACCGUCCUCGCCGGCGCGCAGUGGCAGGACAUGGCCAAGGAGCAGCAGCUCCAGAUGCAGCUCGCGAUCAUGGAGAAUGCUCGGCUCAAGGCUGCGCUUCAAGACGAGCUCGCGUUCGCCGAGACGCUCGCCGGCAUCGUUCAGAAGCGGCCCAAAGUACUGCAGCUGCCGACGACGAAGGACAGCAACUGGCAAGAGUUCAAGCUCGUGGCCGACGCGACCGAGCGUGCGACUGCGUUCACCGCGAUCGCCGACCGCGAGUACAACAAGGUCCUCAACCUGUACCUCCAGCGGCAGCUGCAGGAAACCCACACCGUCAAGUCGACAACCGUCAAGUACCUCGACGACGGCGUGCGUCCCGGGAUCGUCAUCGAGAGCUUCAACCGCCUCGCGUUCGCACAUGUUCCCUUCCGCAUGCUCGGCCACGCGAUCUGGAGCUUCCUCAACGCCGACCACGUCAACGACGCGGCGAGUGGCAGCGACAGCUUUGAGAACCUCGGGUCACCCGAAGACAACAUGGUGUACAUGAAGAGUCGGUGGCAGAUCAGCCCUGGCACGGUCGCCGAGUCCCGCCUCGUCAUCAAGCGCUUCAUCGAAGAGACGCGGGAGAUUGUGGUGUGGCGCAACAUCAUCGAAGACGCGCUCCUGCCGUUCGACCCGCUUGCGAUCACUUUCAACGGCUCGGGAUGGGCGAUCGUCGAGCAAACGGCGGACGGCGGCUCGACGCUGCAGUUUUUCACCGAGAUCUCGACGCCGCUGACGCAGACGCCGCCUUUGCUUGCGAGCCCGUCGCCGGACGAGCUCCUCCUCGAGAGCGUCUUGCCGCACGAGCCCGCGCUGAGUGCGUCGAUGCUUGCGGUGCCCCGCAUGGAGACCGACGUCGGCGACAACUACCAAGUCGGCGCGUUCACCGACUCGAUUCUCUCUGCGUACCGCAACGCGUACCGGCGCUUUGAAGCUGCGUCCAUGCGCCUCCUCUCCAACAUGCAGCACGAAGACCUGCUCCUGAGCAGCCUCGACCAGUUUGUCGAGCUCGUCGACUUUCACCAAAAGCCGCCGAGCGCGAGCUAG